AUGGCUUCAUCUAUCUCACGAGCGUUCACGACCCGGCGGAUCAAGCAAUUUUCCCAGUCGUCCGAGCCCGACCACCCGAUCCAGCCAAGAAGCAACCUCCAGAAAGUGUCGAUGGCCAACUUGCGCCAUAAGAUCUCGGCCCCUGUCAAGCUCAUCCACACCACCAACGUGCUGGCAUACAAUGCGCCAGAUCUUUACCCCCAGUCUGCUACUUCAACCAAGUCAUCAUUCCUCAAGUCCGACGACGACCUGUCCGACAGCGCAAAUACUCAAGCUUCAUCUCCUCCCACCAGCCCGGAUAUCGACCAGGCCCCGGAUCGCUGCCUGUCUCCAGAGCCGAAUCACCUCUCAUGCUACUUCACAACUGAGAACUCGACGACAUCUCCAGUUGCCACUCACAAGCCAUCACCGUUGACCGAGGCCCCUUUCGUCCCCUCGCGCGCGCCUUCCCACACCAAGAAGUCCUACGAUUCGCGAGUACGUGAGCAGUCAGUCGCAGGAAGGAGCUCGGUACAGUCGCAGCGCACAAUUUCGACGAAAGCAAGCUUCAAUUUCUCCCAGUCGCGAUCAAGGAGCACCUCGGUGUCAUCAGUCAGCACCCCGGCAUCUCCUUCAUCCUACCAAAAGAAGCGGCCUCAAAUCUCGGUCCCUCCCACCGUCAGCCAAUACUCGGUUCCCUCUGCUACAGCUUCGCCCGCUUCACCGCCGAGGCAAAGGUCCCAACGACAAGCCGAGAUCGUCGAGUCGCCAGCUCGCAGCCACAGGGCAGAGUUCUCGCAGUCUCACCACCCAUUCGGACAGGAAUUGGCCCAGGUGACCGAGAUCGCCGAGGAGUAUGGUGUGAAGGAAAAGCUGAACGAGUUUGCGGUGGAGGAGCAGGAGAUGGCGGCUAUGGGACUGUGCAGGUUCAGCGCCGAUGAUUACCUGAAGGAGAUCAAGGGGUUCUUCGUCACUUUCUAUGACGUCGAGCCUAUCGAGCCUGUCACCCCGGUGGCUGCCUCAGCUGCGGCUCCGGCUACUGCGUGGAUAUGA